AUGAAAAUUUUCUUAGGAAUUUCAAAAAUAGCACUGGCUUUUACGUUACUUAUAAGCUACACUUAUGGCAAUAUUAAAGUAAUUAACCCUAGGCCUUUAGUAGACUAUUUUCAAACCAUUUACAAUAGCAGUUCAAUUCCAUCUGUAUUAGCCUAUUUUGGACUUCCGCCAUAUGGGCGCAGUAUUAUAGGGCAGAUUGAAAAUGCAGAUGAUCCUUAUGGAUGCCGUCACACCUUAAUAAACACAACAUCUCAUGAAGAGCCAGUCCCAAAAUUCAUUAUUUUCGAUAUUGGUGAAUGUUCAAAUACAUUAAAAGUAAAAUAUGCCCAAGAUAUCGGCAUCAAUUGUGUAAUUUUAAUCAACACAGAUGACAGUGAUUUAGAGAAAAUAAACAUAUAUGAUGACGGAAUUGGCUAUGAAAUCCAAAUCCCAACAGUAAUUGUUAACAAUCGCGAUGGAAAUAAGCUUAGACAAGCUGCAUUAGAAACUAAAACAGAAAUUUCGAUAGAAUUUGAAAUGAAAAGGACUUAUUCAAUAGUGCAACUUGAUGUGUGGAUGUCGAGUGACAAUUUGAAGGUUUUUGACUUUUUAUCUGAUCUUCAUGACAUGAUCCAUAAAAUUGACUUUGAACUUGUAAAAUUUAGGCCUGGAUUUGUCCAUUGGCAAUGUACUGAGUGCAAAGCAGAAAAUUACACCAAAAGCCGUGCUGAUUGUUUAAGCGGUGGAAGAUACUGUGCAGUUGAUCCAGAUAAUCUUGGGCCUAUAUCUGGAAGAUUUGUAGUUGAAGAAGAUUUAAGAGAAAUAUGUCUUUACUCAGUCGUCAGCACAAGUAAGCAGUAUGAUUUGUGGUUUAAAUACAUAAAGGAUUAUCAUAAGCUAUGUAGAUCGUCGUUUUCCAAUGAUUGCUCCAAAGAUUUAAUGAAUAAUUUAGGUCUGGAUUAUAAUCAAGUUCAGAAUUGCUUACUCCCCUCCUUGAGCGAGCAAAACCAUUGAAAAAAUCCUUAUUUUUGGGUAAAAACCCACCAUCUGUGAGCGAACCCAAAAAAAAUAUAUAUAAGUGAUAAUUAUUAUAGUUCGUUCUCGAGCUAAUUCUAUUUAAUUUUAAAUAACUUGCAUUUUGAAACAUAAAUUUUACAAAUUAAAUUAAUGCUUGCUUUAAAAUUAUUUUGAAUUGGAAUUGUUUUAAAAUAACUUAAUUUUAUUAUAAAUUUAUAUUAAAAAAAUUAACCCUUCGUGAGCGAAUAAAUUUUUUUUGUGUGCUCACAGAAGCACGAGAGUUACGAACAAGUACAGAAGGGAAUAGCAUUUAUAUCAAUGACAACACAUUACUGAGGAACGAAAGGAAUAGAUGAAAGCAGUCAGGCAUUCAAUUUUACCCUGCAAUCGUAAUAAAUAACCAAACAUAUAGAGGAAACUGGGAGAGUGAAGAAGUUUGUGAAGCAAUUUGUGCAUCUUUCGAAAACAUGCCAAAGGCUUGCAUUAAUAUGGAGCAUAAUCAAAAUAAUGAAGAUAUAGCGUCUAUAGGAUCAGUAGUAGGAAUUUUAUUAGGAAUGAUCGCACUUUUUGCUAUUGCUUUAGCAGCAUAUAGAUAUAAAGUCAAGCAGGAAAUGAAGAAAAAUAUGAGGAGAGAAAUAAAUGUCCAGGUUUCACAAUAUUUUUCUCUUCAAGAAAAAUAUUAA